CACUCUUUUAGUCUCUCAUAUAUGUUUUUUGAAAAAUAAGAGCUUGUUCGUUUCCUUCUCUUCCCGCCUACGCUCACAGCCAUGAAGAAGAAGGCUUAUCCUAUCGCCUUAGCCUUCCUACUCCUACUCACCUCGGCUAAACUCUCACUCUCCUCUUCGCCGCCGAACGACACGUCAGCUCUCACCGACUUCCGCCUCAAAACCGACACCCACGGCUACCUCCUCUCCAACUGGACCGGACCCGACCCCUGCGCCGCUGCAUGGGUCGGAGUCCGAUGCUCCACUAACAACCUCCGAGUCGUCGGUCUCUCCCUCCCUUCCCUCAACCUGCGGGGCCCGCUCGACUCUCUGGCUCAGCUGGACCAACUCCGCCUUCUUGACCUCCACAACAACCGCCUCAACGGCACCGUUUUGCCCUUAGCCAACUGCACCAACCUCAAGCUGCUCUACCUCGCCGGGAACGACCUCUCCGGCGAGAUCCCGCCGGAAUUCGCCUCGCUCCGGCGGCUUCUCCGUCUCGACCUCUCCGACAACAACAUCCGCGGCGCCGUCCCCGACGGCAUCUCCCGCCUGAGCCGGCUCCUCACGCUCCGGCUCCAGAACAACCUCCUCACCGGCAAGAUCCCCGACCUCUCCGGCUCCCUCUCCGACCUGAAGGAGCUUAACCUGACCAACAACGAGCUCUAUGGAAAAUUGCCGGAGGGUUUGCUCAGAAAAUUCGGAGAGGAAAGCUUUUCCGGCAACGAAGGGCUCUGCGGCUCGUCUCCGUUACCGGCUUGCUCCUUCACCGGAGCUAACCCACCCUCGGCGGCUUCGACCGAAACGGUGCCGUCUAACCCCAGCUCGUUGCCUCAAACAAGCAUCAUAAACGAGCCGAGGGUCAAAAACUCGAGAAAGGGAUUGAGUCCUGGAGCAAUAGUAGCAAUUGUGAUAGCGAAUUGCGUAGCCAUUCUGGUUAUCAUUUCGUUCAUUGUGGCUCACUACUGCGCCAGAGACCGAAGCUCGAACUCGAUCGGGGGAAGCGAAGCCGGGAAGAGGAAGAGUGGAAGUAGCUAUGGAGGUGAAAAGAGGGUGUAUGCUAACAAUGGGGGUGGUGACAGUGAUGGGACUAAUGCUACUGACCGGAGUAAGCUGGUGUUUUUCGACCGGAGGAAGCAGUUUGAGCUCGAGGACUUGCUCCGGGCCUCGGCGGAGAUGUUGGGGAAAGGGAGCUUGGGGACGGUGUACAAGGCGGUGCUUGAUGAUGGUUGUACAAUGGCGGUGAAGAGGCUCAAGGAUGCGAACCCUUGUGCGAGGAAAGAGUUUGAGCAGUAUAUGGAUUUGAUUGGGAAGAUUAAGCACCCUAAUGUGGUGAGGCUUAGUGCUUAUUACUAUGCUAAGGAGGAGAAGCUUCUUGUGUAUGACUAUCUGCCUAAUGGGAGCUUGCACUCACUUCUUCAUGAGAAUCGCGGUCCGGGCAGAAUUCCUUUGGAUUGGACUACAAGGAUCAGCUUGGUGUUGGGAGCUGCCCGCGGACUAGCUCGGAUUCAUGAAGAGUUUAGCGCUGCAAAAGUACCACAUGGGAAUGUGAAGUCUUCCAAUGUGCUGCUUGACAAGAACGGUGUGGCUUGCAUUUCUGACUUCGGACUGUCCCUGCUUCUGAACCCGGUUCACGCCAUUGCGAGGUUGGGAGGAUACAGAGCUCCUGAGCAGGCAGAGACCAAGAGGCUAUCGCAGACAGCAGACGUGUACAGCUUCGGGGUCUUGCUGUUGGAGGUUCUCACAGGGAGAGCUCCUUCCCUGUACCCUUCUCCUACUCGCCCACGCAUGGAUGAGGAGGAGCAGGCGGUGGACCUGCCGAAAUGGGUGAGGUCUGUGGUGAAGGAAGAGUGGACUGGAGAGGUGUUUGAUCAGGAACUUCUGAGGUACAAGAACAUCGAGGAGGAGCUUGUGUCAAUGCUCCAUGUGGGAUUGGCAUGCGUGGUGCCUCAGCCAGAAAAGAGGCCUACUAUGGUUGAAGUGGCUAAGAUGGUGGAGGACAUAAGAGUGGAGAGAUCUCCUCUUGGGGAAGACUAUGAUGAUUCCCGCAAUUCGCUUUCUCCUUCCAUUCCCACCACCGAAGAUGGGCUAGCCUGAUCAUCCUUGCUGAUUCUCCCUGUUGCCUAUUUAUUGCCUGCGCCAUAACUCUCAGUGUGUAGUAUCAUCCUCAGUUUCAUUUGCAUUGUCUCGCUGCGAAUUGCUGCUACUGGUGGCUCGUUCUCAAGCCUUAUUCUUGUUCAGUUGUGGUCUCUGUAAUGUAAUAUCUGUAAGUCCUUGUAUUUUCAAAUUGUUGCAGGUGAGGGGAUUGAUCAUCUUACCGGGUAGUUUUAAUUAGUUGCUAUUAUGUAAUGUAGCUUGUAAUAAUAUGCUUAUUAUUAUUCUUGAUCAAGUUAAAACUUAAAAGAGUUGUAGUCGAAGCAGCUUUAUCUGCA